CAUCCGUAUAUAUUGCGGCCGCCCAGUCCCGACCGCUCCUUUCAUACAUCGAGUGCGCGACUUGAAGGUAGUCAAUUUAAAUUAUUCUUUGUGUCAUGGAUUCAAUCACGUACAAUAAUUUCGCCAUGGAAGAAACGAAGCCGAUAUUUACAACUGCUAGUGAUGCAAAAGCUACCACAACAACAGAAAGUUUUGCACCGUCGGACAACAGAAACAUGUCAAAUCCAUCGGAAGGCGUGUUUUCUCCGAUGGCCCCUCCUUUCCAGGCGCGUGGUGGCAACGAGCUCAUGAACCUCCUGGCGCAACAGGAGCCGAGAGCUGCCGACACAGCUCCAACGGCAGCAAAUAUGGACGAUGUCCUCAUGAACUUCCGUAUGAACGGCUCUGAACUGCUCUUUGACGACAUGGAUCAAAAUUCCCAAAAUUACUUCAAUAUGGGUAACACCAGGUCGGAGUCCGUGGCAUCAUCCAGCGCGAACCUCUGGGGCGACGGCUCCUCCGUGACGGCUGGCCGUAAUGGGGAGAUGAUGGACACUUUCGACUUUUUGAUCAAAAGUCUGUCGUCGGCCAACAACUACGUGUCGAUGCUGACCAGGGAACAGCUGUCGGUGCUGCGCUCGAUCCGGCCCAGCGUGCUCUACGAGUUCCUGCAAGAGGUCGCCAAGGUCCGCAGCGAUAAGCGCAUGCGCCGCGCCCUGCCUAAUGAAUGUGCAUUCUGCAAGAACAACGGCGAGAAUGAGGAGUGCUACUCGUCGCACGCGCUCAAGGACUGGCGCGGACGCGUGCUGUGUCCCGUGCNCCCAGUACUCCGCGCCUUCCGCUGCCCGCGCUGCGGCGCCACCGGCGACCACGCCCACACCAUCAAGUACUGCACCGUCAACAAGUACCCAGAGAACUCCGAUGCAGGUUCGGAUCGUUCAGUAGGAGGGCUGUCGCGUCGUCGCGCGCCGACCGCAGGCCUGGCCGGGCUGACGCUGCGUAGUGCGCCCGCCACACCCGCGCCCGCGCCGUCACCCUCCCCGUCCACCGCUGCGCUCACGCACGCUUCUCUCUGGUCCACGUUCGGAAUCAACUAAACCCAACGAAGCCGGGGCUAUCUGCACAGCCAGCGUCAAACAGUUCGCGACACCUUAAGCCAAAAAGUUCGCAACACGUCUUUGUUACGUGGAAUAAGUUUGUUGUUCACUAAAACUUUUUGGCCACUUUGGGUGUCACUAAGUAUUUGACGAUGACUGUACGAUAGAUCUUUUUUGUUUAUGUACUUUUUGUAGAUUCCACUGCCGUUUAUAUAGGACAGUUCCUAAUGUGUGGGAGGGGCGAAAAACAACUUGAUCGAUAACGCUCUUUUCAAUCAGGAAUGAUGUUAUUACUCUGUCUGCCUCUUCUUUCCGUAACUUUUAAUAGGUAGGAGAAUAUCUGAUUCUAGCCUACUUGGGACCUACCCAAGGUUCUUGCCCUAGCUAAGAAAUGUAAAAUCAAUAAGUACAGGUAGUAGAGUACCUAGGUACAUGGAGUUCGUCAGCAAUUAAGGUCUUUUAUCAACACGUCACAUUACUUCUUCCAGAGGUGUGGCCCCGGCAUUAUUCUCAGAUCGAUAACUAAGAUGACUCUAAGCUAUGUUUAAGGUAUAUUUCAUGUAUGGCCAGACAUAAGAGCCGAAGUUGAGACCCAGUAUGAUAACGGUUUCAUUUUAGACGGUUCGGCUUUUUAAGAAACAGGCUGGAAACCAUUGCUCUAUUAAGUUCUGAAGGUUAUCUCUUCUAUACGACGUAAAUCACCAACAUUAAUUUUAUGUAUUAAUACUAUUCGUAUUAUCAUUUUAGUAAAACAAUGUUAUUAUUGGUUUACACAUUUCUUUAAUUUAAAACUUAUUGAGUAGUGAUAAAUAUGAGAACAUGGUGUAAGCCGAUAACGUGUCAAAUGGUUAUCGAUUGUACUACAUGUACUUAACCAUUUUUAUCAGGAUUUAACCUGUAUUUCGUUCAACUGUAG